AUGAUAGGGCGCAAGGACGGGAGGACGCUCUCGGGGUCGACGGCGGAGGACGAGGAAACGAUGGAGCUGUCGGCGGAGGCGCAGAUGAAGAUCAUCCACGAGACGGGCAUCCUGGAGCGCAUCCCUCGUCGGCGAUUCGCCGAUGCCCCCUCCUCAUCAUCCCUCUCAUCCAGGCCGCCGCCGCUCGUCCAGUUCUCCACCCUCGACCGCGCCGCGUUCGCCGAUACACUCAAAACCCCUACUGCUGCCGACUAUCACAUCGAUAACGAGGAUGACGACGACCUGGAAACCGUUCGCAAUCUGCCUAACCAUCCGACACCCGCCGACCAAAUCGAUACGUUGCCCCUCUGGGCCGACCGGGCAUUCGAUACUUUCCUCUGGUCGAUCCCUUUCAUGACGGUCUUUGUGUGUUUGGAUGUGGCAAUCCAUGCCCAAUAUGGCCAGCCGUUGAAGGUAUGGAGCGAGCUAAGCCGGAUGGGCAACGUGUAUCCAAGUGCGCUAUUUCUAAUCCAUUACACGUUACAUUACCAUGAGCAAGUGUUAGCAAACCUGCUCCUCUUUGGCCUCUCGACCAUCGGUGGCUCGUACAUGGUCUACAUCAUGAACCGUCUCUCGUACCUGCUUGUCAUGCGUCGAGUCCCCCCGCUAGGCGCUCUCUGGAUCUACGCCGUUGUCCGAAUGCAUCUCUCCCAUGCUGUCCUCAGUCUCCUCUUGGUAGCCCUUUGGGCUUGGGUCAUGAAUCUCAGCAUUUAUGUAUAG